GGUCUGGAGUUGUUCUUCGAGCAAUAACGUACACUUUAGAUGUGUGCUGGUUUUAGCUAUUCAUGCAGCAUUGUUCUUUAUAAUCUACAUGCUGUUUUAUCAGGUGGCUUUGUUCAUCAUCGCCUGAAGUUUUAUUUGACACUGAAGGAAGGGAAGCAGAGUUCCUGAGGGAACAAGAGUUUAUCUACAAGGUUUUUUUUUAAUUAAUUAUUGCUGUUUUCUUUGAGACAUGGCGAGUGAAGGAAACGGUAUGUCCGACGCAAGGAUAGGAGAGGCCCUCAUUAAAGAGGUCAUAGAGGAGGAAUUAAAGGAUGUGCCCUCAGAAGACAUCCCGUCUCUCACUCAGCUGGCUGUCCCAGUAAGGACUGAGCAGGAGCAGAAGAUUGUGACCCAGCUCAGCAAAAUGAUCCGUAUCAUUGGUGACAGGGUCCAAGACGACAAGGAGUUCCAAGAUGCAAUAGAUGGGAUGGCUUGUUCCUCCGGCUCUAAAUGGGACUGCUUUAAGCAAGUGGCAGACAAAGUGUUUGAACAUGGGAUCACCUGGGAGAGGAUUGCUGUGCUCUUCUACGUUGCAGGCAAGCUGGCUCUCAAGAUGGCUGAGGCUCAUCUCCCUCAGUCAGUGAGGGAGAUCCUGAUGUGGACAGUGGAUUUUUUCAGAAACCAUCUACUGGGCUGGAUUCGGGAACAUGGAGGAUGGAUCAACAGUUUCUCUGAGCUGGCGGUGGCGUCCAUGCAGAGGGUGUCAUUGUUGAGCUCUCACACCUACGGCCUCACCCUUAUCUUUGUUGCCGGGCUGGCUUUAGGAAGCAUCAUCACCUGGAGAUUGGCCAAACAGCUUUGAGGCACAAGCACACACAUUUACACACAAAUAUUCACAGAUACCUGAACAUUGGGGACCCAAACCUGGGUCCCCAAUGUUCUCAAAAAGUAAUUCUAGGCGUUUACCUAAAAGGUGGUAUUUGACCUGACUAUAGAAUGUUUACAGGAGGGUUUAUUAUUCAGUGUUGUCAUGUGACAGCAAAGUGCCCAGCUGUUAUGUCCUGAGGGGUAUUCCAGAAAGUGGGUUUAGUGAAAACUCUGAGUAUGUUAAGCCUGAAAUGAGGGAAACUCUGGGUUUUCAGUUCCAGAAAGAGAGGUAAGUCAAACUCAGAGUCAAUCACCAUGGCAACUGACUCUGUGAACCUAACCUGCUAGCUGGCAGGUUUUUUUAAGAAACCCUGAGUUCACCCUGUCUCCUCCCUACUGCUGAGCCUGAAGCAAACUGUCAGACAGACAUGGGUUGUCCGUAUGUAGGAAAUAAGAUCAAUAUCGAGGCAGAAUUAAUUCGCAAUGCUUUACGCCGGGAGAGGAUCUUCAGACCCCGUUCAGAUGUGCUGUCUUUAACCAAUGAGUAUCUGUUUGAAUGGUACCGUUUUUCAUGAGGCUCAAUCAUUUACCGGCCAUACAUAUCAAAUCUGACACACCACGGACGUGCGCUCUCAUCAGUUUUUUUUGUGACUGGUAGCUUUUUAUAUGAUAUUGGUGGCCUACAGUACAUAAUGAAAUAGCCACUGAAUGAGGUUAUUUAAGCUACUUUGUUUAAUAAAUCAAAUAUGAAUAAAACUAAAGAAAGGUACAGUCAUGGCCAAGUCAAAUAUGCCUUACCUGUUUGAAUGAUGUUUUUAUAUUUCAUUUUAUGCUGCUUUCAAGUGUGUUUUUCCCCUGUGAGAUUGCAACUACAUGAAAAUCAGAAUUUAUUCAAAACCAAUCCACCACUUUUUCAUCUGUAAGCUACGAUUUUAAUUAAGUGUGGUUAAAUGUAAAUGAAUGGCAGGGCUCUCAAGUUUUGAUGUCAGUUCAGAGUUUUUAUGAAAUAUAUGCCCACAUUCGCUGUAGGCAUUCAUGAGCACCUCCAAUUCCACAGGUGUAAAAUAAGUUGAUCGCUUUUUCUCUCCGGUUGCCAUGGUGACUCAAGGUAUCGGGGCUCCAUUGAUGAUGGCUUUUUAUAGUGGUUGUGCACGUGCUUAAGUCGAGGUGUACCUACUCAGAGUUGACUGAACUAAUUCAAAUCAGCUGUUCUGGAACCGGAUACUCAGAGUUUCCCAUCUCAGAGUAAGUCAACUCAGAGUUCAGGAUUAGACUCAGAGUUUGUUGAACCUCCAACCUGGAAUACCCCUCUGAUCAUGUCUAUGAGAUAUUUAAAACAAUGUAAUGUGCCUUUACAUUUGUACCUUUUCUAACGUUAUCUAUGCAAAUUUAAAAACUUGAAAGAAACUUUGUGUCACAUAUUUUUCUAAAAGACGUACUGCAUCAUAUCAAACAGAUAUUCUCUAUGUAGGUUGACGUCAGAGUAAGUAUAAGACAGAAAAUCCCAAAAAUGGCAGUGUUGUCUUUAAUAAGGCCCUUUAGGUUCACAGAAGUAAACAGGUGGUAAUGUGGUCUUUGUGCCUCCGCACUGAUGUGACCAUCCUGAUGUAAGUGUAUUAUAAAUGUUCAGCCAGCAUUUAGCAUCACCACACAGGAUAGAUGCAAUUCCUUUAUUAAAGUUUCUUGCUUCUCAGCCCUUGCAUAAGCCGGGUGAUCUGGUCUGUCAGCAUGAAAGACGUUCUGUGGAGAUUGUUGAAGAAGCUCACUGAGCAAGGAAACACCAAACCAGCAGUUAUUUGUAGCCUCGUUGGGUUUUUACUUGUACUGUAGAACAAGUAAUGAGACUGUACGUCACAGAGAAAAGACACGAUAAAGCUUUUUAAUCAACCUAACAAACUGUGAUUCAAAUGUGAUAGAUGCAAUAGAAUUGAAAAGGGAGAACCAAAAUAAUGAAAUCUUCAACAAGCUGUGCUAAAACUUAAUUAUAAUUUUCAUGAAUAUUCAAACGUGUACACUUGUGUUUCACAGUAUUUAACCUCAAUCGAUGAUCCCAUCAGAAUAAUGUAAUUUAUUAUUUGUAAAGUUACACAUUUGAUAGAGUUCGCCCUCAGAUUUCUUAAUGUACAAGUCUGGCUCCCAGCAAAAGACAUCCAGCAGCUAGAAUGUCAGGCUGGGGAAAUAACCAACCUGGUCCAACAAAAAUAUGUAAAAUGACCAUGACCUCUUAACACCGCAUUACGUGGUGGUGGCAUUUAUUGUAUUUAAUUACAUGCCGGUACCACGGAAUAAAUGGUAAUAGAAAAAGUUAAUUAGGGUCCUUUGUCGUUGUGGACAUAUGAAUUCCCUGGUUCAACAACGUCAGUGUUUGUUCAAUGUUCCAACUCCAUAGGUAGUAUAAAGAGCAUGAAAAUCUACAUGGGGGGAGGCAAAAGCUUCAGUUGGACAAUAGAGAAGGGAAUUGGGAUAGGGGAUAUAAUGCCAAGCCCCAGUGUACUAUUCUCUGUUGUCCCACCGUGGUUAUUGGGAGAGAUACUUGUUGACAGGCACCUGUUAGAGUGGAAGAAAAGUAAAAGUUUAGAUAAAAGCCACGGUAGUAGAUACACAGAUGAACAUUAUGCUGAGUAUAUUAAGAUAUUCAUUGAUGCUUCAAAAGUAGACAAUAAUAGAGUAGGGGUUGCAUUCAUAAUUCCAGAUUUCAGUGUAAUGUUAAAUAAAAGAGUUAGGAACAACUUAAAAGUAUUCACAGGGGAGCUAUUGGUUAUACUUUUAUCACAGAAAAUGGAAAGAAAAUGUGAAACCAAGUAAAGUGUUAAUAGGAUCAGAUUCAAGUAGCGCAUUAACGAGUUUUAAGAGUAUGCAGUCAAAAGCAAGACAAGACGUCCUGCUGGAGAUAGCCCAAGCUGUCUUUAGAAUUGAGAGAGCUGGAAUAUUAGUAAAAUUCAUCUGGAUUCCAGCACAUAUAGGGAUAGAGGGGAGCAAACUGGCAAACAAAUAUGCACUAGUCGCCACAAAAAAAAUUAGAAGUAAAUACGACAGUUAAGUAUAGUAAUGCUGAAGUUUAAAGUAUAACCAAAUCAGAAAUGAUAAGGAAAAGGCAAGAGGAAUGGAACAGGGGAACUAAAGGUAGGCCUUACAACAGUAUCCAAAAGAAAGUAAGAGAAAUGAGAGAAACUAGCAGAACUAAAAAAAAAAGAAGAUAUCAUUUCAAAGAUGAGAUUUGGACACACUGGUCUUAAUAGUACACUUGGGUUAAUUGAUAAACAUGAAACUGGUAUGUGUGAAUAUUGUAACAUGUAAUAUGUAAUAUUUUACUAUUUAUUGUCCAAAAUACCAGCAGGAAAAACAGGAGAAAACUAACAGUAUAAUCAGUAUUUCAAACAGUAGAAAUACUAUAGUUGAACUCAGGGAUUGAAGGGUAUGAGGCAAUAUAUAUAAUAAGACUGUUCCGAUCCACCUCCUUUUCAGAAGGUAGCGGUAAUGCACCUUAAAUCUGUUUGCCAACCGCCAUUUAACGUCAGAGAAGAGAAAGAAUAGGGAGGAGGCUUGAGUGGUGGUCAAAUGAACACCUGACUUUCAUGGGAGACCCCUGUUUGUGCCUCAUGUGAAACUGCAAGUCAGCGUGGACUUCUUUUAACUUAACAUACUGAUUUACUUACAUCCCAUACAUAACAAGCAUAGUUAUUUUAACUGGAAACACAUGAAAUAAACGUGAGCAAGCAGUUUUGGUGCUGAAAACCAACCAUGCCGCCACCCAGGGUUAUUAACUAAUAAGUUUUUGUUCACUUGCCACUGUGGCAGGUGGAUUCCAAAAUCUACCGGCCACUCAGUAGAAAAACAUUGUUUUUUGACUGAUGAGUAAACCAAAUCUAGCAGCCACUGGCUGGUGGCUGGUGCAAUCUCUAACCCUGCAGCCACUACAUAAUUUUAACACAAUACCUGUUUCAGAGGUUGUGCUUCUUUCCAUAUUUCUGUGAGAUUCCGUUGGAGAUACCAUUAUAAAGAGAACACGGCUCAAUGCCACUGUAAAGAAUAGACAACCAAUGUCAUUUUCAAUAAUCAAUUCUUCCUGAAAAGUGUCCGUUUUAACAGCUUAAACAUUGAAAUAAGUCAUUAACCAACAUUGUCAAACCUACAGUCAGCAUGCUCAGUUAUCAGCAGGCAUGCUAGCAGAUUAGCUCACUAGCCAAGCUUUCCAGAUUGCAGUCGUCUCUUGAGUCGACCUUUUCUUAGAAGUCUUCUACUAAAUUGGCAUACCUCUUUUAGAAACCUGUUAGUAAUUGGACGCUGCACCAGAUUAGGCUGCGUCGAAAGUCAGUUUUAUUUGUAUUGCUCAAUAUCACAAAUCACAAUUGUGCCACAAGGGGGUUAGGUACAGCAUACAACAACCUCUGUCACCCAAGCCUCUAUUCAGAAAGGAAAAAACUUGUUUCUGGGAACUCAAAUGAAACCAUAGUUAAAUACACAAUUGGAGAUCUGUUAGUUUCUGCAAGUGGAGGAGGAAAAGGAUAUAUGUGUAGUGAUUUGCACUUCUUUUGAAUCCCACACGCACCUUUCAGAAAAAAGUAAGUAAUUAUUAAAAAGCAUUUUGUGGUACUGUUUUUUUUUUUGUAUGAUUGUGUGGAGGAUUUAUAUACCAAUAAGUAAAUUUCGAUAAAAUUUCAAUAAUUGGCAACAAGGAGAGAUCCUCUUCCAGGAUGAACACACAUGCAAUAGAUAUCGUAAGUACAAAUAAGAACAUCAUAGUAAAAUGACAGUAUGAGAAAUCAGGAUGACAAAAUUUUAGAAGGACUGGAAACAUAUAUGAAUGACAAGCAACUUCCAGGUGCUACCAAACAGAUAAGGACCUGAGCCACACAGCCAAGGGUUAGCGGGAUGCAGUGGUUUCAGCGGGACAGUUACUAGAAUUACUAGGAUCACUGGAUUAAUUGAGACAAAAAAAACAACCCACCAGAAGGAUAAUAGCGAAAAGUUCAAGCCUAAUGUGAUCAAAGAUUAACAACUACUUGAAAGUUAAGGUGAGAAGAUGAGUUUUAAGUUUGUAUUUAAAGGCCUUACAGAGUCAGACUGCUUGAUGUCACCACAAGUUUUAUACCUGGACAAAUAACAAAUCCAACUCAGGUGUUCUAUCACAUGUUUAGAUUUCAUUUAUUUCAAUCAUAGGCUUCCAUGUAGUUGUAAAAUAGUGGAUCUGUAGGUCUGACAAACAAAUAACAGAUUUUGCUUGAUCCGUCAUCUCCCAUUGUAGCCUGGAUCCUGGAUAUUAUAAUCAGGGACAAGGGUUCAGUCAGUAAUAAACAUUUUGAGUAUUUAAAGGUGUAAUUUCCAUUCAGUCACAUAUGACGCUGAACACUGUAUCAGGUAGAAACUGUAUUUUGAUGUAAGAUGUAUAAACAUAAUUUCCACAAAGUUGCCUACAAGUGAUGAAACAUUCAUAACCUACAUUAUUAAAGAAUGAAUUCACAAAUAUCAAUAAAA